AUGAUCAUUGAACAGUAUGGCACACAUAAUUGGGUACAGAUUGCAUCAAUGAUGCCCGGAAGGAAUGUUAGGCAAUGCAUCGAUAGAUGGAAAAGGAACAAUUCUCCAAGAAACCCCAAGCGAGAAUGGACAUCUGUAGAAGAUUCCAUUCUACUUGAUAAAUAUAAUCAAUUUGGCGGCAACUACGCAGUUAUAUCUCAGUUUCUUGCAUAUAGAAAUGAGGUAUCAGUUAAGAACAGACUGAACCAAUUGUUGGAAUCUAAGUUCACACCAAAGGUUCAAGACAUCACUCCCAUUAAAACAAACGAUGCGAAAUAUACAAAGAAAGCUGAUAACCAUGAUGCUAUAUUAGAUAGAAUCCUUACACAGGUCGGCCUUGAUGCGUUUGCAGAUCAAUUUGACCUGUCAACAUGGGCCGAAACUUCAGAUAUUUUUUCAUUCUAG